AUGAAACAGACAGCCUACCACACCAAGAAGAACCAUUCCGGCCCUUCCCUCCGGCCCACCUUCCGUCGAGGCCUCAACCGCAUCGUCGGAGGCACGGAGGUGACGCCGGGAGAGGUCCCUUAUCAGCUAAGCUUCCAGGAUAUCUCCUACGACGAGGUGUUCCACUUCUGCGGCGCCUCCAUCUAUAAUGAGAACUGGGGCAUUUGCGCCGGGCACUGCGUCAACGGGGAGGACUGGGACAACCCGGAUUACCUGCAGGUCGUGGCCGGCGAGCACAACCUGGACGUCGACGACGGCACCGAGCAGACGAUCAUCCUGUCCAAGAUCAUCCGCCACGAGGACUACAACGGCCCGUGGCUCUACAACGACAUCUCGCUCCUGCAGUUGUCGUCGCCCCUGACCUUCAACGACUACGUGCAGCCCAUCCCCAUCGCGGAGCAGGGGCACACGGCCACCGGCGACUGCGUGGUGUCAGGCUGGGGCACCACCGUGGAGGGCGGCUAUUCCUCGGACGUGCUGCAGAAGGUGACCGUGCCCAUCGUGCCCGACGAGGAGUGCGCGCAGCACUUGCUCAUCGAGGACUUCAAUAUCUGCGCCGGGUAUCCUGACGGAGGGAGCGACGCCUGCCAGGGUGACUCCGGAGGACCCCUCGUGUGCAAGGACACCGGCUCGCCCUACCUCGCCGGCAUCGUGUCCUGGGGCUACGGCUGCGCGCGCCCCGAUUACCCCGGCGUCUACACGGAGGUGUCCUAUUACAGCGACUGGAUCAAGAUGCACACAGGAACUUAAGGCCACCCCUUCUUCUUCCCCUUCUCCCUCCCUCUCAUUCCACUUCUUCAUCUCCCUCUUUCUCCCUCUCCUUCCACUUCCCCUCUCCCUCCCUCUCCCUCUUCCCUCUCCCUGUCCCUCCCUCAAGUUCCUGAUCUUCUCU